UAGAUUUUACACAAUAAAUGAAAAUACAUACACUGGGUACUAAACAGAAUAAAUAAUUUGGUAUCUAGUCCAUACCCUAACUCCAUUCAUAUAUCCAAUGAUCAUCCAUUCAUCCAUCACCAGUUCAUAUUUUGACGAGCUAGUACUUACUUCACACCAUAUGUUUCUUUAAUACUGCGAUACGUACCUUGAUAAAAGACACAUGAACACAGUAAAAAGGCACAUAACCAUUUACACUGGCACAGGUAUAAAAUGACAAGCAUGAAAGAGGUACACAUAUGUGCCUUUAUCUCUUGAUAUCGCUAAUUCAGAGUUUAAAAUACUAAACAGUUUAACAGUUUCAUAAUAAUUGUAUCCAUACAUGAGCCACAUCAAAUCUGAUGCUUGAGAAAGCAAAGUAAAUCAAUCUGGAGCUGUGAGUCAUUUGAAGAAGCCAAACUGAGUUUGAUUUCAAAGAAACACAAGUGCCUCUGAUACUUUCUUCUUAUUUACAGAACAGAGGCAGGAAAAUACACACAUAAACCCCCAAAUCGAGAAAAAGAGUAAAACAUAAAUAAUGUUUGCAUAGCAAACAAACUAUGAUUUUAUUUUCAACAGUACAAAACAGAUGACUAAUGUUAAGAAGUGAAGAGUUGGGUCCUAGCAGCAGAAGAGCAGUCAAAUGACUUUGUGCUUAAUUAACUAUUGACAAAUCAAUUAUUCACUUGGGUUAAACUGAAACGCUGAACACAGAGAAGUGGUGAGGGAUUGGAACCCUCUGAAAUUAUGUUGAUUUCACAAUUAAGACUAGAAUGGCACGAAUACGACCUAUAUUUUGUAAUAGAGCAAAAUAUUACACAAUUACUAAUCUUUCCCCUGUAUAAAUAUAAAGAGAUGUACCAGACUACCACCACACAACAGGUGAAUAUCUCCACCAACCCACAGCGUUUGGCUGUGAAUCUCUGGAAAGGAUGAAGUCUGCUGUGAUCUUUCUUGUGUUAUUCAUGGUUUUCAUGAUAGCUGAACCAGGAGAGUGUUUUUGGGACAAACUUUUAAAAGGAGUUGGAGGCUUUGCCCAGGGGUUUACGGGAAAAGAAAAAGCCAAAGAGUUGGUAAAGUCCAUGAAGGCUGAUUUACAGAAUUACAAACAGCUGCGUCAACGGGAAUUUGACUAGACAUAAGACUUCACUGAAGAUAUGUGCGUGUGAAGAGAAAUGCUCUUUAUCUUAACAUAACAAAACAAGCGCUGGAAAAAAAUUCCAACCAUUUUUGAAAAUAUGCUUAACUUGAAUUUACUGCUGAAGAAAUUUUGAUGCUUUCCAUUUGGUCAUAUGUCAGUUGCUAAAUAAAUUUUGCUUAUAGCAUGACAAAACGUCUUCUGUGUCUUGUAUUAAAAUCUUUUUGCAAAAUAAGGUGACAAUCGUAAAGUUAGCUCAA